AAUCAAAAGCUGCUAAACCGCAGUCUUCCGGGGCGUUGAAGAACGUCGCCCCGGCUCCUCUGCGCGCUAGUCGCAGCCGGGCAGCGAUGGUGCUCGGAGAGUCCGGAGACGUCCAUGUUUCGGGAAGCUCGGAGGAGCAAAUGAAAUGCCGGGGAAUAUGAGCAAAGAGGACGCCCCGAGUCGGAGCGCUUCUUUGACGUUCACCAUUGACAACAUCCUCAACCUGAAGCGGCAGGAGAGCGGAGACUUUGGCGGCCCAAAGGAGCAGAGGGACAGUGGAUGGAAGAAGGAUUUCCAAGCGCGGUGUGAAGAUGUGUGGGACGUCCGCAGGACGCAUGAGAGCGGAGCAGAUGAGACAGCGCAAACGAAGCCCAGAGUGCAUCGUGCGGACCGCGGGGAAAACACGCCGCCGCUGACCGCCGGCUCCUGUCCCGGGGCGCAAAGUGCGCACACCGCCGAGGACGUGUCCGAGCAGCAGCAGGAACAGGCCACCGCGGACACUAAAGCCAUGGUCAAGAAGAAAACACGCACCAUCUUCUCCAAGAGACAGAUAUUUCAGCUGGAGGCGACUUUUGACAUGAAGAGGUAUCUGAGCAGCUCGGAGAGAGCGUGUCUCGCCAGCUCUCUGCAGCUCACCGAGACGCAGGUUAAAAUCUGGUUUCAGAACCGCCGCAACAAGCUGAAGAGACAGUUAUCCACGGACAUGGAGGGGCCGCUGGCCGCCGAGCACCUCUCGGAGGCAGGAAAUAACGUGCAAUUACCGACUUUUUACAAAGACAGCAGCCUGCUGGGCGGAUGUUUGUUACCUAUGCCUUUCCCUGUCCUGUACCCGACUGCAAACGCUGCGCCUUACAUCUACUUCUCCAACACUGGCAAAUAUUUUGGCCUGUUUGAUGCAGACUGAUGAUUUUCACUGUUUGGGAUCACGAUGACAGUGUCGGACACACUCUCCCCUGUUCUGGCUUUAGAUAGAAGGCCGGUCACUU